UGAGGUUACUUGACACCGCCAUUUUGUCUGAGUUUCUUCCUGUAACUUUUCGAUAUCUCACGACUCCCGUCCGAAUUGUGAAUUAAACUAAGCCAACAUGGGUGCUUGUUUGGCAGUGGGUUCCCUUGCCAGUUGUGCGUCCUGCUUGUGUGGCUCGGCCUCCUGCCUCCUGUCAUCAUGCUGCCCGUCAACGUACAACUCCACGGUGAGCCGGCUGGCCUUCUCUUUCCUGCUGCUGCUCGGGACUCUGGUGUCCGUCAUAAUGAUUCUCCCAGGCAUGGAGGAGCAUCUUAAACAGAUUCCAGGUUUCUGUCUCGGUGGCACGUCCAUACCUGGCAUAGACAACAAGGUGAACUGUGACAUCAUUGUCGGCUACAAGUCGGUGUACCGCAUGUGCUUCGCCAUGGCCUGCUUCUUCUUCCUCUUCUCCCUCAUCAUGAUCCUAGUGCGCAGCAGCAAGGACCCCCGAGCCGCCGUCCAAAACGGUUUCUGGUUCUUCAAGUUCCUGUUGCUUGUUGGCAUAACAGUGGGAGCUUUCUUCAUUCCAGAUGGCAUCUUUAAUACAGUGUGGUAUUACUUUGGCAUGGUGGGCUCUUUCUCCUUCAUCAUCAUCCAGCUCCUUCUGCUGGUGGACUUCGUCCAUUCCUGGAACCAGAACUGGCUGGAGAAGGCCGAAAACGGAAACUCCAAAUGCUGGUAUGCAGCUCUGCUGACCUUCACCGUCCUCUUCUACGCCUUGGCUUUCACCGCCGUUGUGCUUUUCUACGUGUUUUAUACCAAACCUGACGACUGCACCGAGCACAAGGUCUUCAUCAGCCUCAACUUCAUAUUCUGCAUCAUCGUGUCCAUUGUGGCCAUUCUGCCCAAAGUUCAGGAGGCUCAGCCCACCUCAGGCCUCCUCCAGGCCUCCUUCAUCUCCCUUUACACCAUGUAUAUCACCUGGUCUGCCAUGACCAACAACCCCAACCGGCAGUGUAACCCCAGCCUGUUGAGUUUGGUCCAGCCCGUGAGUCCAACUCCGCCACCAGGACCUGCUCCUACCGCGUCCCCUGGAGGCACCCAGUGGUGGGAUGCACAGAGCAUCGUGGGAUUGACCAUUUUCUUGUUCUGUACUCUUUUUGCCAGUAUCCGCUCCUCCAACAACAAUCAGGUGAACAAGCUGAUGUGGACCGAGGAGGGCCAGGGUAUGACCGCCGAAUACGAGUCCGCGUCAGGGGAGGACGGCGGCGUCCGGCGGGCCGUGGACAACGAGGAGGAGGGAGUCACCUAUAACUACACCUUCUUCCACCUCAGCCUCUGUAUGGCCUCCCUCUAUAUCAUGAUGACUCUCACCAACUGGUACAUGCCCGACAUCGACUACCAGGUCAUGCAGAGCACCAUGCCGGCCGUGUGGGUGAAGAUCAGCUCCAGCUGGGCCGGCCUGGCGAUCUACCUCUGGACCCUGGUGGCUCCGCUGGUGUGCUCUUCCAGAGACUUCAGCUAAAGAAAUUUUUUUUUUAAAAAGGGGGUAGUCUUUCAACAUGUUGCUGGUAGCCUGUUAAACCCUUUGUUUUAAAGAAAGAUGGGUUAAGCUUCAAAUUGAUUAUCUUGCACUUACAACUCCACAUUCAACAUUGAAGAAUGAAAGUGUAAUGUGCUUUGUUCUUAACUUGACUAAAUGUUUAUUUGUGCGCCUCGAGUUUAAACUUUCAGUUUUGAAGGAACAUAAAUUAGUUUGAGUCGAGCUUUAUUCACACAUUCCAGGCUUUCACCUCAGGUCAUUUAAUAUCUUUCACUGUUACAAAUAUUCUAAUUGAGAGCACCGUGCCUUUUUUAUAUAGGACAAGACCAAAUGCAACUUAAAUGAUCCCUUUGGGGAAUUGAUGUUUUGGCUUUGUUUCGCUACAGUUAUUUUAGUUGUUAAUACUUUUUCCAUUCAUCUAUGAAUCAGUUGGAUUUUAUGGAAAGAUGUUGCACACAUUGGUUUAAUGCUUUUUUUUUUAUUACACAGCUUUGCCAAACAAAUGGUGCCUUCUCCUAAUUUGCACACAAGGACAUGUUUUAAUGUUGCGUCCUCAAUAUACUAUUUGUUCACUUUUAAUUUUAAUCAAUAAAGUUUAAAUUCUA